AUGUCUUCACUAUCCGACCCUAGCAUAUCGGCCGCUUUCUUUUGCCCUGCCCCCAGCCUAGCAACCGGCGCAGACUUGGAUCGCGUGCGUGACGUCUUCAUUUGCCAUGAACCCUUGAAGAGAAUUGGCGACGCGCUUCUGGAGUUUGGGGAUGUGUGGAACCUCAUUUGCAACAGCAAAGGCGCGAAACCCAACUUUAGCAAGCGCGGUGGUGAAUAUGCCAGCUUCUUUAAGGACUGGAUCACGUUGGGAAAGACGGAGGGGCUCGCAGGCCAGUCGUCGACGAUGGUCACGCUCCCGGUGCUCCUGCUGGACCAUCUGGCCCAGUACUUCCAGUUCCGCAACCUGUCCAGACAGAGCCACUCGCAGGUGCUCGCCGGCCUGUCGGUGGGCGGUUGCCAGGGUUAUUGCGGCGGUCUCCUGGGUGCUUUGUGCGUGGCAAGCGCCGUGGACGACGAGGAGCUUGUCAUUCGAGCGGGCAACUGUCUCCGAGUGGCCUUCGUGCUUGGAUUUUACAUGUCGGAAGACGAGGACGGGCCUCGUGAAACCCGAAGAACCACCCUCAUAGUUCGACUCAAGUACGAAGGCCAGCAUGAGGAACUGACAAGUCUGUUUCCGGGGGUCUACCCGGCCGCCAUGACGGAUCCGAGAAACAUUUGCUUUGCGGGAACGGAGGCUGCAAUCGCACGGCUCGCGAAGUACGCCUCGGACCAGGGAAUGCACGCGCAACACACAUAUCCCACGGGCAGCGGCCACGACCCUCAUAACAGGUCCUACGUCGACAGUAUCAUGUCCCUCGUCUCCAACCAUCAGUUUUUGAAGCUGCCCACGAGAGACCAACUACAGGUGCCCAUGAUGUCCAAUUGGGACGGGAACCCGUUGCUCUCUGACACCAACGUCGCUGAGGAUGUCGUCGGCAACAUCGUGGCCGGCCGGUGCCACUGGUCGACAUUGGUCACCAAGACAGCAGAAAGACUCCGAGAGAGCGGCUCCUCUACCCACUGCAUCCUGAUCCUGGGCCAAGACUGCGUUUCUCAACGGUCCUUCCAGCAGGCUUCCCUCGUCGUCUCCAAAAUCAACCUCGUGAAGACGGUGCGAGAAAUCGACAAGGCCAAGGAGGCCGAACUCCCCGACGAUGCUGUGGCCAUAGUGGGCGCGGCCCUGCGUCAACCGGGAGCCAACGACCUGGACGAGCUCUGGGAGGUGAUGGUGGAGCGGAGAUCCAUGUGUGAGGAGGUCCGCCAGGAUCGUACUCCUCUCGAGAGCAGCUUUCGAGCAAGAUUCGACCAAAACUAUAAUACACACGGGAGAAAGUUCUGGGCCAACUACAUCGACGAUGUGAGAGGCUUUGACCACGAGCUGUUCGGGAUCACGCCACGCGAGGCCCAGCUCAUGGACCCUCAACAACGUCUCCUGUUGGAGGUCUCGUACGAGGCCCUGGAGGCCAGCGGGUACCUGGCUCACCGGAACUACCGCCGCCGAGACAACGAUAACGUCGGGUGCUUCAUCGGGGCUACGGUGGUGGAGUACGAGGAGAAUACCUCGUCUCGCGCGCCCACGGCCUACACCGCCACAGGCACGCUCCAGGCCUUUCUCUGCGGCCGCCUCUCGUAUUACUUUGGCUGGAAAGGGCCGUCCGAGACGAUCGACACGGCCUGCUCCAGCUCACUGGUGGCCAUCAACCGGGCGUGCAGCGCACUCCGCGGGGCCGAGUGCAGGAUGGCCGUCGUCGGCGGCUCCAACGUGCUCGGGGGGGUCAACCUGUAUCUGGACCUCGCCAAGGCGCGGUUCCUCAGUCCUACAGGACAAUGCCGGCCGUUCGACCGGGACGCCGACGGGUACUGCCGAUCGGACGGCGUGGGCGUCCUGGUCCUCAAGCUGUUGAAGGAUGCAAAAGCCUGCGGCGAUCCCAUUCUCGGUGUGAUCACUGCCGUGGGCACGAACCAAGGCGGCUUGUCCGCUUCCAUCACUCUCCCCGACCAGCGUGCUCAAGUCGAGCUCUUCCGGCGGAACCUGGACGCCGCGGGACUGGAGCCGUCCGACAUCUCGUACGUAGAAUGUCACGGGACAGGCACCAAGGCCGGCGAUCCCAGCGAGGUCGGGGCAGUGCUCAAGGUCUUUGGGGAUGCCCGCCGGGACGCAUCGCUCUACAUCGGGUCCGUCAAGGGCAACAUCGGCCAUUGUGAGCCGGCGGCGGGAAUCACGGGUGUCUUGAAGGUGCUGGCGAUGUUGAGAAAGGGGAAGAUCCCUCCCCAGGCCAGCUUUCAGUCCCCUAACCCCAGCCUACCGCCCCUGGGCCCCUCCAAAGUCGCCAUACCAACCACCGUGAAGGUGUGGGACGCGCCCCGUCGGGCUGCUGUUGUGAACAGUUACGGUGCCGCCGGAAGCAAUGCCUCUCUGAUUUGUUGCGAGUACACCCGCACCCCGAGCUCCAGUGUCUGGGGAUGGUGGCUUCCGACGUCCAGCGGACCCGGCCGGGGGGAGACAACGGGCCGAGCGCCGAGCGCGCUGCCUCUCAUGCUGACGGCGGCAUCUCCGAGCAGCGUCAAGGCCAACUGCCUAGCCGUGGCUGCUGCCCUGCGUCGUCAAGACCGGCCGUCUCCGGUGGAUGCGGCAUUCACCCUGAGCGAGAAACGAGAGCGCCACGCUUUCAGGAUCGUCAUGACGGUGGCCAACGACGUGAACCAGAUGGUCCAAAAGCUGGAGGAGAGCGUCGCUAUCCAAGCAGAAGCAGUAGCAGUAGCAGCAGCAGCAAGCGUGACAAAAAUCCCGGCCAAGCCCCGGCAUGUCGUCCUUGUUUUUGGCGGGCAGUCGAGACGAGCCGUUCACCUUGACCGACGCUUGUACGACACCAAUGCGAGGUUGCGCGAGCACAUGGACGAGUGCCACAAGGUGGUUCUGGAACUCGGCUACGGACCGAUCUUACCCGCCAUCUUUGACCGCCACCACGACGCCGGCUCUUCCUUCAGUUCCCAGGACGUUGUCGUCCUCCAGCUGGCACUGUUCCUGAUCAACUACUCGUGUGCCCAGUGCUGGCUCGAUGCUGGCCUGCAGGUCGAUGCCGUCAUUGGCCACAGUCUUGGCGAGCUCGUGGCCCUCGUCUUCUCGGGGGCCCUCAGUCUUCGCCAAGGGAUCCAGGCCGUGGCCUCGAGGGCCUCUUUGAUGAAGAGCUGCUGGACAGGUGAGAGGGGAACGAUGCUCGCCAUACACGCAGCCGAGCCGGUCCUGACGGAGCUUCUGGCUGCGGUACAGGGUGGUCUGGAGAUUGCCUGCUACAACUCAGCCUCGAGCCACGUUGUUGUCGGGACUGCGGCCGAGGUCGUCGCCGCCGAGACGUUCCUUUCUAAGGCGUAUCCUUCCGUCAAGCAUCAACGUGUCGACACCACCCACGGAUUCCAUUCUCGCUUUACCGAGGUUCUCGUGCCUGGUCUACGGGAAUUGGAAGAACUACUCGACUACAAGGAACCCUGGAUUCCCCUGGAACCAUGUGUACGACGAGACGACGACGGUCUUUCGGAUCCGGGUUCGGGUCCGGUGGUGUCAUCCGGGCAUAUCGCCCGCCAUGUGCGCGACCCGGUCUUCUUCGGCGACGCCGUCCAGAGGAUCGAAAAGCGCCUCGGAUCCUGCGCGUGGCUGGAAGCAGGGUUCGACUCGCCCGUCAUCCCCAUGGUCAAGAGGGCCGUUGCGAACGCAGAACGGCACUCCUUCCACCCCAUGAGGAUUCAUGACGCAGACGCCGACAUUGACGUUGCACUUAGUAACGCGUUUGUGAGUCUAUGGCGUGCAGGCGUCGAAGCUACUUUCUGGCCCUGGCUGCGAACCGACGACGCCGGAUCCGGUCACGAUCCCAACAGUCCGAGACUUGUAGCCCUACCCCGUUACCAGUUCUCGCGCACUCCUUUCUGGACCCCGGCCAAGGAUAACUCAACCGACCUAAAGGCGAAGACCGAGGAAGAUGCCGAGAGGAUCAGAAUGCUUGAGGACAAGUUGCAGACUCUGCUCUCCAAUGUAAAACAAACUUCGAGCGUCGGUGGUCCGGAGACGCCCAGACUCGUGACGCCUCACAGUCGAGAAAAGUUCCGGUACACCGUCGACACAAGGUGCCAGCGAUUCCGGAAGAUUGUGAGCAGUCAUUCCGUCAGAGGACGCCAUCUCUGUCCGGCUUCACUGUACUUGGAAUGUGUGACCAUGGCACUGAAGAUUGAGCGAGGCGGCGGCUCUGAUGCAAGUGUUUUCCUCGCCAAGGGCAUGGAUCUCGUGUUUGCAGAUCUCUUCUUUGACAAGAUGCUCGGUUCCUCGCUGGACAGAAAAGAAGUCUGCAUUCUUCUCCAGCCUCGGCCGGGCCAGCACUCUUCUUGGAACUUCUCGUUCGAGAGUAUCGACAAGACGGGGGACGUUAAUGGCGAGGAGGGGGGUAGAUCUUCUGCACGCCCUGUGGUUCAUGCAAGAGGGACAAUUCGCGUCGAAACCUCUCCCAGUUCUCGGCACCUUGAGCAUCUGCUUGAAGAGCGCAUGAGCCAGCUCAGACACCAACCGGGUGGUGUCGAAAGGCUCCUCUCUGGACGAAUAUACUCGCUGUUCACAACGGUGGUCGACUACGACCCUCUGCUGAGGGGUCUCGACGCUAUGAACCUUCACGGAAACUCAUUCUCCGGGGUCAUCAAGAUACCUAGGCCGCCCUUGGCCCCGGAAGAGAGCUCCGUUCUGGAUAUCGCUGACACGUGCGUCGUUGACAACAUCGUCCAACCUCUCGGGCUCGCCAUCAACACGGGAGAUCACUGCGGCCCAGGAGACGCCUAUCUAUUUUCCGGUUGCGAGAGUUUCGCGCUAUCUAGUCUGUGCCGCCUCGACUCCUUGGAGUCCCCAGCAGAAUUCGAUGUCGUGGGCAGUUUCAGACAGGCGGACGACAGGCUCUGCGAAGGCGACAUCUAUCUAUUAUCUGGUGGCAAACUUGCCGCAAUGGUCCUGGGAGCGCGCUUUAACAGGCUUCCCAUCAAGAGAAUCGAAGCCAUGCUGGAUCGCUUGACACCAGCGUCCGCCGCGCCUGGAGGUGAACAGCUUACAGCUAAGAUGAGGUCUCCUGGCUCUUCAGCAGCACCGUCCCUGCUUCAAAAGCCUAGAAAAGCCUUUGUUGAUCCGGUCUUACAAGGUCUUGCCAGUGGCCGAGAAGGUCGGAGACAAAGUGCUAUUGGGGUCCCCCCCGCUGGUGUUAGUAACAAAUCUUCGGCCUGCGAGCAAACAGUCCACGAGACAGACAUCGGGCGUCACAAUGAUUCUCUACGCCAGCUCAUAUCCAAGUUCUCCGGAGUCCCAGUCUCCGCUCUGAAGCCUGGAAAUACUCUCGGCGACGUGGGGCUGGAUUCUCUUGCCGUCAUUGAGUUUUGCGACGAAUGCCGGUCUCAGCUUGGGAUAGAGAUAUCCCAAGGGGAGGGGGACCUUACACAAACCACCAUCGCGUCCCUCAUCCUCAUAGAGGAGACCUCGCGUCAAAGUGGUUGUAGUAGUUCCUCAGCGUUGAAGCCGCCUCGUCUUGACUCGACGUGCCCAGUUGACUGCCAGGCCACAAAUCCCAGGAAGCAAAACAGCCACCAAGCCACAGCCAACAACAAUAGUGAAAACAACAACAACAACAACAGCUUGCUGGUUGCGCAGGCGCCGCCAAGAAUCAAACCACCAGUAGACACAUCUUGGGGCCUGAGGCCAGUUCACAACACCGACAAAUCGUUGCCCUCAGGCCUUCAGCGCGUCCGGAACAUCAUCUCACUGCACUCUGGAACCCCCGUCGAGCAAGUCGACGUCUCAGAGACGCUGAUGAAUCUUGGGGUCGACUCGCUGGCUAUCGUAGAGAUCCGCGAUAGCCUCCAAGAGGCUUUUGGUGCUGCUGGUUUCGACGAGAACCUCAUCGACCUGAACACGACACCUGAGGGCGUCUGGGAGGAGGACACAUGGCGCGGCAAAGUGAUGAGCAAAAUAGAAGAUUUGUGCGGCGUGCCUAAAACAACCAUGUCUCCGACGGACACUCUCGCCAAUCUUGGAUUUGACUCCCUCGCCAUCGAGGAGCUGCGGGAUAUCUUGCAGGUCGAACUUGGCCCGGACAGUCUCCAAUCCCUUCCGACCCUCUCUGAGCUGACUAUUGGCGAUAUUCUGACUGCCUCCCGGGCGCCGCUGGGCGUCGUGCCUGUCAGCGUGGACUACCGCCUCUGCCCAGAGGUGAGUUUCGCCCAAGGGAUAGCGGACGUUCUCGAUGCGUACCGUUGGGCUCUCCGUGAUCUGCCAGGCAUCCUCCGUUCCCGGGCAGUCGAGGUCGACCUUUCAAAUGUUGUCGUCAUCGGAUGGUCGUCUGGGGGACAUCUCGCCGUGGCCUUGUCCUGGCUCAUCCAGGAAAAUGGCCUCCCGCCUCUCAAGGGUAUCAUGACACUCCACGCACCCCUAUCGUGGGUAGAGGGUGCCGUUCACGAACACUCUCCAAAACGGGCCAUCCCCGACGCCGCACUCCCCUUGAUCAAGAGACUCGUGGCUAGCGUGCCACGAAAACCGUUGGUCUCCGCCGACGACGUGCUAGCACGUGGUUUCGCCACGGACUUCCUCGGCCUCAAAUGGGCGCGGCCGGAUGACCCGCGCUCGCAGCUCAUGGCUGGGGUGGUCCGCGAGGUCCGGGGUCCGUGUCUGCCGCUGCUCCUCAAGGGGUUGCCGCCGUCCAACGAUGAUCAGAGCAUCGCGCGCGCUCUGGAGCCGGUAGACGCGAACCGCGUCGUGUCACUGUGUCCCAUGGCCCAGGCCCGGCGCGGCCGCGUCAAGACGCCGACUAUCGUCGUCCACGGCGUCGAGGACGACAUCGUGCCGCUACAGGAUGCCCUGGUCUUCCGAGAUCUCCUUCACCAGCAUGGUGUGGAGUGUUCAGUGCUGUCCGUUUCCGGCGCCGGUCACGGCUUUGACAUGACGUUGAGGUAUGGCUCGGAGAGAUGGGAGGCGACUGUGCGUCCGGCGAUGAAUCUAUUGUUCAAAUACUUGAGGCAAGACUCGGAUCGGAUUAGGUAA